AUGGCGGACCCGUCGCUGCUCUCGGCCGAGCUGGAGACGGACGAGGCGGAGGAAGAGGCGGCGCUGCGGCGGCUCCUGCUGCAGGUGACCCCGGACCAUGAGGAGCCCCCGCGCCCCGGCCCCGCCCGCUCGGUCACCCCGCAGCCGGGGCUGUGCGUGAAGACCCGCGCGGGGGGGGACAAAGUGUUCGUCAACGUUUGUCACUCUCCUGAGGUGCCGCCGCCGCCCCCCGUGUCCCCCCCGGGCCUCCAGAGGCUCUUGCAGGAGCCCCCGGGCCCCGACGGCGCAUUCCGGAUCCCGAUGAGCCUCGGGGAGCCCCACGCCGAGCUGGACCGAGGAGGCCGGGGCUGCACGGCCUACGAUGUCGUGGUGAAUUCGGGCUUCUUCAGGACACUGCAGGCCGACCCUUUGUACCUCGAGUUCUUCCUGACUGUGGCCAUGGAGGGGCUGUCGGAGAAGUACGGGGUGGAACUGGAGCUCACUGGCUGGCGGGUGCUGCGGAACCGGAAAUUCCUGGGCUCCAUCUCUGCCCAAAACAUCCGGGCCCGGCCCCAGCCUCAUAUCCAGGAGCUCCCGGGCCCCCCAGACCCCCCCCAGUUCGUGGUGGUGGCUGAGCCCUCAGCCCAGGAGCCGCAGGUGCUGCAGGCCCGGGUCCACCUGCCCCAGGUGGAGGGGGCGGGGUCCCUCUGGCUGGGGCUGAGCGAGGAGCGGCUGCUGCUGGUCCGCCCGSCGCCAGGGGGCGCUGCCGCCGAGUGGGGGCCGUGUCCGCCAGGGGGCGCUGCGGCCGAGUGGGGGCCGUGUCCGCCAGGGGGCGCUGCCGCCGAGUGGGGGCCGUGUCCGCCAGGGGGCGCUGCGGCCGAGUGGGGGCCGUGUCCGCCAGGGGGCGCUGCCGCCGAGUGGGGGCCGUGUCCGCCAGGGGGCGCUGCCGCCGAGUGGGGGCCGUGUCCGCCAGGGGGCGCUGCCGCCGAGUGGGGGCCGUGUCCGCCAGGGGGCGCUGCCGCCGAGUGGGGGCCGUGUCCGCCAGGGGGCGCUGCCGCCGAGUGGGGGCCGUGUCCGCCAGGGGGCGCUGCGGCCGCGCUGCUGGAGCUGGGGCUGCCCCUCCCCCCGGACCCCGCGCGGUGCCGCGCGCGCUUCCACCGCCGCUCCAAGGUUCUCACCGUGACGAUGCCGCUGCGUGCGUGAGGGGCGAGGGGCGUCCCCACGGGACCCCCGAGAGCUUCCAGUGUUGGUCUGGACCCUCCCCAGGAUCAUCGCGGAGCCUCCCUGAUCCCCCACCCCAGGACCAUCCUGGACUUCUCCUUUCAGCACCCUCUGACCUCCUUGGGGUCUUUCUCAGGGUUGACCUGAACACCCCUAAACCUCUCCAGGACUUUCCUCAGGAUCUUCGGAUAUUCUCCAUGAUUGUCAUGGAACUCCCACCAGCACACUCUUGGAUCCCCGCCCCGGGAUUGUCCCCUUGGGACCUCCCUGAUCCUGUGCAGGACUGUCCUGAAACUUCCCCCGGACCCCUCCUAUUCCCCCCCAAACCCCUCCUGACCCCUUUUCCUACCCUCCUCAUCUCCUUGGACCCUACAUGCUCCCCCCCGACCCCCUUUUUUUACAAAACCCCCCAAUAAAAGUUAAA